AGGCGGAGCCGCGGGCGGGGCGCGGCGGGCGGCCGGCGCAGCGGCGGAGCGGGGCUGAGCAUCCUGCGCCCCGGCGCGGCGCGGGGCCCUGCGGUAGCCUCGGGCCCCUCCCCUGGACCUGCCACCGACCCAGUGUGGAAGACAGACGCCGCAGCCAUGACCACCCACGUCACUUUGGAAGAUGCCCUGUCCAACGUUGACCUGCUGGAGGAACUGCCCCUCCCAGACCAGCAGCCAUGCAUCGAGCCCCCGCCAUCCUCCAUCAUGUACCAGGCUAACUUUGACACGAACUUCGAGGACAGGAAUGCGUUUGUCACGGGCAUUGCAAGGUACAUUGAGCAGGCAACGGUCCACUCCAGCAUGAAUGAAAUGUUAGAGGAGGGACACGAGUAUGCGGUCAUGCUGUACACCUGGCGCAGCUGCUCCCGGGCCAUCCCACAGGUGAAGUGCAAUGAACAGCCCAACCGGGUAGAGAUCUACGAGAAGACCGUGGAAGUGCUGGAGCCAGAGGUCACCAAGCUCAUGAAGUUCAUGUACUUUCAGCGCAAGGCCAUCGAGCGCUUCUGUAGCGAGGUCAAGAGGCUGUGCCAUGCAGAGCGCAGGAAGGACUUUGUCUCCGAGGCCUACCUGCUGACCCUGGGCAAGUUCAUCAACAUGUUUGCAGUCUUGGAUGAGCUGAAGAACAUGAAGUGCAGCGUCAAGAACGACCACUCUGCCUAUAAGAGAGCGGCCCAGUUCCUAAGGAAGAUGGCAGACCCCCAGUCCAUUCAGGAGUCUCAGAACCUGUCUAUGUUCCUGGCCAAUCACAACAGGAUCACCCAGUGUCUUCACCAGCAACUGGAAGUGAUUCCAGGCUAUGAAGAACUGCUGGCGGACAUUGUCAAUAUCUGUGUGGAUUACUAUGAGAAUAAGAUGUACCUGACACCCAGUGAGAAACACAUGCUCCUCAAGGUGAUGGGAUUUGGCCUCUACCUAAUGGAUGGAAAUGUCAGUAACAUUUACAAACUGGAUGCCAAGAAGAGAAUCAACCUUAGCAAAAUCGAUAAGUUCUUUAAGCAGCUGCAGGUGGUGCCCCUUUUCGGCGACAUGCAGAUAGAGCUGGCCAGAUACAUUAAGACCAGUGCUCACUAUGAAGAGAACAAGUCCAAGUGGACAUGCACUCAGAGCAGCAUCAGCCCCCAGUACAACAUCUGUGAGCAGAUGGUUCAGAUCCGGGAUGACCACAUCCGCUUCAUCUCUGAGCUGGCUCGCUAUAGCAACAGUGAGGUGGUGACAGGCUCAGGGCUGGACAGCCAGAAGUCAGAUGAAGAGUACCGGGAGCUUUUUGACCUGGCCCUUCGAGGCCUGCAGCUUCUAUCCAAGUGGAGCGCCCAUGUCAUGGAGGUGUACUCUUGGAAGCUGGUUCACCCCACAGACAAGUUUUGCAACAAGGACUGCCCAGGCACAGCGGAAGAGUACGAGAGAGCCACACGCUACAAUUACACCAGUGAGGAGAAGUUUGCCUUUGUGGAGGUGAUCGCCAUGAUCAAGGGCCUGCAGGUGCUCAUGGGAAGGAUGGAGAGUGUCUUCAACCAGGCCAUCCGCAACACCAUCUACGCUGCCCUGCAGGAUUUCGCCCAGGUGACGCUUCGCGAGCCCUUGCGGCAAGCAGUUCGCAAGAAAAAGAAUGUCCUCAUCAGUGUCCUGCAGGCAAUCCGCAAGACCAUCUGUGACUGGGAAGGAGGCCGAGAGCCUCCCAAUGACCCAUGCUUAAGAGGGGAAAAGGACCCCAAAGGUGGCUUUGACAUCAAGGUACCCCGCCGUGCUGUGGGACCGUCCAGCACACAGGCCUGCCAGUGGUCCCCGAGGGCUUUGUUUCACCCCACUGGUGGCACACAGGGCCGAAGAGGCUGCCGAUCCCUGCUGUACAUGGUCCGUACCAUGCUUGAGUCGCUCAUCGCAGACAAAAGCGGCUCCAAGAAGACUCUCAGAAGCAGCCUGGAUGGGCCUAUUGUCCUCGCCAUAGAGGACUUCCACAAACAGUCCUUCUUCUUUACGCACCUGCUCAACAUCAGCGAAGCUCUACAGCAAUGCUGUGACCUCUCCCAGCUCUGGUUCCGAGAAUUCUUCCUGGAGUUAACCAUGGGCCGGCGAAUCCAGUUCCCUAUUGAGAUGUCCAUGCCCUGGAUUCUAACGGACCAUAUCCUGGAAACCAAAGAACCUUCCAUGAUGGAGUAUGUCCUCUACCCCUUGGAUCUGUACAAUGACAGCGCCUACUAUGCUCUUACCAAGUUCAAAAAGCAGUUCCUCUAUGAUGAGAUUGAAGCCGAGGUGAACCUGUGUUUUGAUCAGUUUGUCUACAAGCUGGCAGACCAGAUCUUUGCCUACUACAAGGCCAUGGCCGGCAGUGUCCUGUUGGAUAAACGUUUUCGAGCUGAAUGUAAGAAUUAUGGAGUGAUUAUUCCAUACCCACCAUCCAACCGCUAUGAGACGCUGCUAAAACAGAGACAUGUCCAGCUGUUGGGUAGAUCAAUUGACUUGAACAGACUCAUCACCCAGCGUAUUUCAGCUGCCAUGUACAAAUCCUUGGACCAGGCCAUCAGCCGCUUUGAGAGUGAAGACCUGACUUCAAUUGUGGAGCUAGAGUGGCUGCUGGAGAUUAACCGGCUCACACACCGACUCCUCUGUAAGCACAUGACUCUAGACAGCUUCGAUGCCAUGUUCCGAGAAGCCAAUCAUAAUGUGUCUGCUCCUUAUGGCCGCAUCACCCUGCAUGUCUUCUGGGAGCUGAACUUCGACUUCCUCCCCAACUACUGCUAUAAUGGAUCCACAAACCGUUUUGUCCGAACUGCCAUCCCUUUCACCCAAGAACCACAACGAGAUAAACCCGCCAAUGUGCAGCCUUAUUACCUCUAUGGAUCCAAGCCUCUCAACAUUGCCUACAGUCACAUCUAUAGCUCGUACAGGAACUUCGUGGGCCCUCCUCACUUCAAGACCAUGUGCAGACUGCUGGGCUACCAGGGCAUUGCCGUGGUCAUGGAGGAGCUGCUGAAAAUCGUCAAGAGCCUGCUCCAAGGCACCAUUCUGCAGUAUGUGAAGACGCUGAUAGAGGUGAUGCCAAAAAUAUGCCGUUUGCCUCGGCACGAGUAUGGCUCCCCAGGGAUCCUGGAGUUCUUUCACCAUCAACUGAAGGACAUCAUUGAGUACGCAGAGCUCAAGACGGACGUGUUCCAGAGCCUAAGAGAGGUGGGCAACGCCAUCCUGUUCUGUCUCCUCAUAGAGCAAGCUCUGUCUCAGGAGGAAGUCUGUGAUCUGCUGCAUGCUGCACCCUUCCAAAACAUCCUGCCCAGAGUCUAUAUCAAAGAGGGAGAGCGCCUGGAAGUCCGAAUGAAGCGCCUGGAAGCCAAGUAUGCCCCACUUCACCUGGUCCCCCUGAUAGAACGGCUGGGAACUCCUCAGCAAAUCGCCAUCGCUCGGGAGGGUGACCUGCUGACCAAGGAGAGGCUAUGCUGCGGCCUGUCCAUGUUUGAAGUCAUCCUGACCCGAAUUCGGAGCUACCUGCAGGACCCCAUCUGGAGGGGUCCGCCGCCCACCAAUGGUGUCAUGCACGUGGACGAGUGUGUUGAAUUCCACCGGCUGUGGAGUGCCAUGCAGUUUGUCUAUUGCAUCCCUGUGGGGACCAACGAGUUCACAGCUGAGCAGUGCUUCGGUGACGGCCUGAACUGGGCUGGCUGCUCCAUCAUUGUCUUGCUGGGCCAGCAGCGGCGCUUUGACCUGUUUGACUUCUGUUACCAUCUGCUGAAGGUGCAAAGGCAGGACGGGAAGGACGAAAUCAUUAAGAACGUGCCCCUGAAGAAGAUGGCUGACCGCAUCAGGAAGUACCAGAUCUUGAACAAUGAGGUUUUCGCCAUCCUGAACAAGUACAUGAAGUCCGUGGAGACAGACAGCUCCACAGUCGAGCAUGUCCGCUGCUUCCAGCCCCCAAUCCACCAGUCACUGGCCACCACCUGCUAAGCAGGAAGUCCUGCAUACCCUUCAACAUGGAGGAGGGGAAGCAGGAGAGGGAGCACAGUGGUCAACCUGCAGCAGGUCCAGCUGACAGUGGUGGAACCAGCCCAGAAGGAAAAAGUCUCCCCAACACGUCUGCAUACUCCCAAGGGCUGGGCUCCUGCAUGUUCUCCCAUGGUAUCUCCAUGGUGGGGUUUCCAUAGUGUAAAUGAAAAACAACAAAAACACAAGGCAGUGUGUGUUUUCCUCUUUUUAACCUUAACUAUAUCUAAGAGCUACUGUUUCCAUCCUGCAGCUCCCCACCUCAUCUGUGAUUGCUUCCCAAGACCACCUCUCAACAUUGUAACCUCCUACCCAGUAUCCAUAUGUGAUUCAGCGCUCUAGUCUUAGGGAUUGCAAAGAAAAGAGCGUAGCCAUAGCAGAGAUAUCAACUGUGUGCCCCAGCUUACUGGCCUGUGUUCUGUGGCUUCCCUGGCUAGUUCCCCAGUCAUACUGCUUCCUGCUCUAGAUGGUAGGGAUCCCAUCACCAAGAUUUGACCCUUGGUGAACCAGGAAGAGAGUUCUGACUGUCAAGACAAUAGAUGAUGUCAGCCAGGACCUUUUACAGACAUGCUUCCUUGCAAACAGUCCUAGAGAGAAGGGAUGCUUUCAAAACCAUAUCACACUGAGUGGGACUAGGUGAAGAAAGUGGCACAGGUCAAAACUUCAGAUCCCAAAGGAGAGAUGUAGGCCUUGUCCCCAGGGUGGGAAGAUGAGGCACCUCUGUUCCUCAUGCAGAUGCUUAGCACUGGACCACAUUGGUAAUGGACAUGUUGGUCAUGGCAUGACACCAUACCAUUAGCCAAUGACCAAACUAGUGGUUUCCCAACAUAGGACCUCAUCCAAGAAAAUCCCACAAGAAGGACAACAUUAAGGGGUUACUUCAACAGACACCUAAAACAUCUUGGAGACAGGAAGGCAAGGAGGAAAAAGCUUGUCAACAUGCUUUCAAUCCCAAGACACUCACAAAAUAAGUCUUUGAGAAAACUGGAAUUUUCAUCAUGUCAGCUGCUGAAAGGUUCUGGGAACAGUUUAUUCUUUUGCUCCCAACUUCCUGGUCUCUUCCUUUUGCACAUGCUCAGUGCUGGGGUAGAGAUUCUGUCACAGGGGUGUGAUUAACUUCUAUUUUCCAGACUAAAACACCCCUGCAGAAUCUCCACAUUGUAGGAGAUGUCCUUGUCUCCAUACAGAGCUAGUCAUCUCACAGGCAGAGAGAGGCCAUAACCCUUAGCCCCAAAAAUAUAGGAAAUGGACUAUAGGUACUCUAGAGGAGUAGCCAGCCCCUCCCCCAGGAAGAUGACUAACAUCCAUCACUUUUUAACCACACAGAACAGUGGAAAUGUGCAUAACCAGCUCUUUUGAGAGACACAGCCAUGUACUCCACAGUGAGAUCACAUAAAUCAGAACCCUUGAGGGGCAUACGCUUAGGUGUUCUUUUCUAGACGUGCCUCGGAUGUAGUAAGUCUGAAUCUCUGGGAAUAGAGCCAGAAGAUCUGCAUCUGUAGUUACUCUACUACACAUCACAGAUUCAGAUCCCCUGCUAUAGAAUCUGCUAUAGAUAGGAAAACUCUAACUCUAGACUCUGAGGUCUCUCUAAACAAGAACUAGAUUGUAGUUUAGGGGCAUGGUUUGAAAUGGAAGCUGGUCAACCCUCCUAUCUGGCACUGGUACUUCCUAGUCUGAUCUCUUGUCUCCUUUGAUGACCGUAGAUACAUCCUAAAGGCAGAGUCCAUCUUCCAAAUCUCUAGUCCUGGCUGGGAGUAGUACUUGACUCAGUUCAUUCUAAGUCCUCCAUCACUGCUCUGUAGAGACUUGGGCCAUUCCUUUCCCAAGUUUGCCAUUCUGGCAGCUAGCUCAUCCCUCCCACCCUGCACUUGUGACCCCAAAAGUGGACUCUCUGGGAAGAGUUGCAGCCUCAAGAUUUGAUCCCAAUAACUGAGGGCCAAGCUCUCUUUUCCUCAGCACUUGUCUAUGGAUACAGGACAACUUUAAUGUUUCCUCUCUAGUGGCCCUUGUCCCCUUCCCCACCUUUUUGAUUUUUUUUUAAUGUAUUUAAAAAUCAAGAAAAAAGCUUAGAUUUUAAAAUGUUUUAAAAAGAAUUCUGUUUCAGAAACUGUCAAAUGUGUACCAUAUUUGUAUUAAGAGUUGUUGGGGAUUUUUGUAUAAUGAAUUUACAUUUAUUUAUGGUGAACUUAUAUUUACGCUCGUGAUCAAAUGAUGUUAAAUUCUUAAAUCAUAUUUGCUAUGCAGCUGAAGAUGAUAUUUUGAUUUGUAUUUUGGGGUACCUGUGUUUCGUUGAUAAACAUUUUCAUCUCCAUUAAAACUGCUUCCAAACUA